AUGUCCACUUCGAAGAAGGAAAAAUCUGAAAAGGAAGCGGAACAACUUUCCAUUUUCGAUAUAUUCCUGUGUUUGCCUUACCGUAUCAUUGCUCUCCUGAAUAUGGGACUUUGGUUAUGGUAUUUCUGUGUAAGGGUAUGUCUUAGUCAUAAUAUUGAUAUAUUCCAAGUCCUUAAACUUCAAGUCAGCCAACAAGAUCUUUUGAAGAUCCAAUCACGAACCUUAGAUUUUACUUUAUCGAUAACAGCAGUAUCGUUUUGUUCAGUAGCUGGGUGUAUUCUUUUCAAUAUUCAGGGAUACCAGUGGAAAGCCAUUGAGUUCAUCCCAUUAAUAGUGAUACUUUACAUCAUCCUCAGGUUGUUUUACGGAAGGUCUCCCAAUAAAAGACGUCUAACCCAAACGGUACGAAGAAUACUAAUUGGGAAUAUAGACAUGGAUUUUCGAAGUAAUGAUAUUUUAUUAACCGAUACGCUGACCUCUUAUUCUAAAGUCAUGCUAGAUUUUAUCAUUUACUUGCUUUCUCUACGCCGAGGAUCAGUUUUACCCAACAUAGAAACGCAGACUGUAUCCAUAAACAGAGAUAUAAACGCUGUGCUAGAAAUGGCUAUUAUAUCUUAUCCGAUUUUAAUUCGAUUCAAUCAAUGCUUGAGUGAGUAUCAUUUUUCAGGAAAUAGGAAUAAGCUACAUUUGUACAACAGCAUUAAGUAUUGUACCGGCUUAUUACCUCUGUUGAUCAGAAUCUACCUUCAGGCUUCAACUCCCCAUAAUAAAUUGCAGACAAUAAUAACACACCUUUGGUACUUAUCGCUAUUCAUACACUCACUAUUUGGGCUUAUCUGGGAUAUCUCUAUUGACUGGAACUUCCAAAUGUUUUCGACCACACUAUCGGGCCAGUCAGAGCUAUUGCGUACUAAGCUAAUGUUCAAUGUCAAAUUAUAUUACUAUCUGGCCAUCAUUAUAGAUACAUGCCUUAGAUUUGUAUGGAUUGGAAGGUUCAACGGCUAUCUGAACCAUCACCUAUUUCAGCGAGAAUCUGGUUACUUUCUUUUACAGUGCUUAGAAAUAUUUCGAAGAUGGGUUUGGCUAUUUAUUAAAGUUGAAACAGAGUUCCUCAAAACUAUGAACGCAGAUGUCGAAAAUACCUACGAAAUGGGUGACAUUAAAUACACCUAA